ACCUCAAUAAUUACACCUCGAUUCGCACUCCCCCAAAGGUCCACCCUCUUGCUCUCCCCUUCCCAUAAACAUAACAAGACAGCAUCAACCGCCUGCUCCGCACUUUUUGUGAUUGUUGGUUUUCUUUCUGCAUCGCACAACCAUCGCGCCCAACUGAAAGCCUCAGUCAAACUCUCCCCGCCCAGGAACUAGCACGCACCAGCGCGCAGCUUCCGGAGAUAUCCCACUCCUGGAGCUUUAUAUCAUCGCAUCCCAAACCCGUCUCGCCGCCAUAUCGCCCUGCCCGCACCUUUGCGCUGAGCCACGACGAGAGCAGCAAACCACCUCCACCCCGGUGCCGAUUACCACACCCACUUCUGAAAGACGCAGCGCAGUCCAGAGACUGCCUUGAGCAGACGCCGUUCGCGAUCGCCUCGCGAACACCCCCGACGACAUUACGGACGCCGCAAUUCCCACGCACGCUCGACCCGCCGAGCGGACAUCGCGCACCACCAUGCCUUGUCUUUUAGACACACCCGUACUCAAGGUCGACGCCGAGGCCAUCCACCGCCUCGACACCCGCGACCCCCAGAACCUCUUCAGCGUGUGGACUGUCUUUGCAAGAUGUGCCGACUCCGUGUCCCAGGGCAGGAGGCUAGAGAACCUCUCCUGGAGGCUAUGGACACGCGAGACUUUUUGUGUGGAGCCGCACAUGAAGACCUCCAUGUCCGUCAGCUCGCUUCCCCGCGAGAUGGAGAGGAAGAAGUCCUCGUCGGACGACAUGCCCCAGCUGUCCGGUAGCGUCGACUCGAUCGCGUCGGAGGAGGCUAUCGACUUCAGCGCCGAGGCCUCUCCCAUGGAGAUCGAUCGCCCACGCAUCUGCCGACAGGACUCGUGCGCUAGCAGCAGGAGUCGCGGCAAGGAACGCCACAUCACCUCGGACGACUUCGAGAAGCUCGUGGUCUCCAUCGUCCACAGCAAGGAGCCCCUGGCCGCUCCCCUCUCACUGGCCGCGCCCCUCCCCCUGGUCGCGAUGCCCAUCAUCAUCUCUAGCCCUUUCGAGACCAAGCAGCCCGCAGCAGCUCCCGCCUCGCAGCCUCCAGCCCUGGAGCGCACCGGCUCCACCAGCGAUUCGGAGCCCUCCAAGGGCUCGCCUCCCCUGUCGGUCAACUCGUCGGCACAGUCGUCUUUGUCGCCCGCUAUCCAAUUCUCGCCACCCAGCCACACCGUCGUCCGCGGCUUCUCCACCUCGCACAUCCCCAUGUUCCAGACCAUUACAAGCCACCCGAGGCCAGCACCCAUCGACCCGAUUCCCGAACCGACGUCCUCGCCACAAGCCAAACUGGUGCAGUCCAAGAAGCCGCAGCCCAAGUUUGCCCUCGGUGGCUCUUCUUCCUGCGACGACUCCCUGAGCGAUCGCGGGAACAGCCCCAACGUGUCCCGUCAACCUGUCCCCGUCAUCAAAAGGAAGAUGUUCCAGGUUGGCGGCUCUUCCGAGGAGGAGAACUCGCUCAAGAGUGCCAUGCACUCGGCAAGGAGUGGCGGCAUGUUUGCCUCGCAGAAGAAGCAGACCUCGUUCAGCAACCAGCUGGUGACGGGCACCAUCCCGGCACUCGCCAUGGACAACGACCAGUCAGAUACUGAGGCCGAGGACGUUGACGAGAGCGCAAUCGACGACGACGACGACGAUUCCUCCGACUGGGAGGACUCGAACGAGGAGAGCGGCAAGUCGAGCAUUGACGAGAAGACCUUCUUCCAGCGUGUCGACUCCAAGGUGAACCUUAGCUCGAGGAGGUCUCUCAUCACGCUUAUGCUUGAGCGCAACGACCGCCAGGUGAAGCUCGGCAACGGCGCCUCGCAGUCGACAUCGGCCAUCCACCAGGGUCGCCGCCCGCCACGACAGGGGCCUUCGUUUGUGUCGUCGCCCAACGACUCGGACGAAAGCCCCCUGAUGAUGAAGAAGGGCACCCGCGCCGCCCACCUCAAGCCCAUCAACGAGAUCCCGAGGUCGGUCGCGCAGCCCAUCCUGACCCCCGGCCACAACACCCACCACCAAGCAGCGCUCUCCCCCAGGACAACGAGGCGCAACAUGCUCUCGACGGAGCUGACCGAGAGCCUCAGGCGACACCUCGUCUGGGAGCGGUCACAAAAGUCGUCGACGGUCAACGCGGUGCUCAAGCGCCGCCACACAUCGCAAGACGUGGCCAACCUGAAGCAGUACCCAGACAAGGUGGUAAUAAAGAAGGACACCGAGGUCAACCCCAGCAGCUACGACCAGUACUUUGGCCGCGAUGCCGGAUACCACUCCAAGGGCUGGUAGUCGUCGCCGACGGCGUAUUCAUAAUAUUUGAAAUCAUAUACAACAACAACAACAAGAACAACAGUCCACCACCCCAGCACCACACGCCCACUUCACCCCAGAGAUACCCCACGGGCCUUGGUUGGGCAGAUUGGGAUAAUCUGCCCGUGUAUAAUCACCAUACGAGCACACACGCACUCGCAAAACACAUACACACAACACACGAACACAUGCCAACAGAACGAGCUUGUUUUUUUCCCUCAAUUUUGCAAAGCGACUUCUUUUUGGAUGCAUUGGGUCUCGGGCGGCGUUUCUUUACUGGGGUCCAACACCGUUUGUCGGCACCCUCGGGCUCUGGUCAUGCAUUGGGAGUGCAUCGCCGUGCUGUGUUACAGACGCCGAACGGGCCGGAGGCACACCGUGUCAGGGUCUCGGUCUCUCCUGUUCCCAUUACAUAUGACUGGCAACACUGCCCUGAAAGAUGGGGGCGACCUUUCCAUUAUUUUGGACUUUUUUAUUUACUCUAAUCCUUCCUCGACGAUCAAUUCACGGUUACGGCGUUUCCCAUUAUGAUACCAGGAUUGCGUCUUUCUUUUUGUUUUAGCUUCUUUUUUACGUCUUAUAUUAUCUUCCUGUUCCUUCCAUUCCCUUCCAUCUCCCCUCCGCCGUCAAAGCCUCCGCUUGUGGAGCUGGCGCAGGUGCGGUGGUGGGGUGUACUGUAUAUUACAAGAAACCGUGCUCUCUCGGAUCAUCAUGGGUCCUGCAUCAUGAGCGGCGGUGUGGCCUGCCCGGCCAAGGGACACACAGGGCGUGUGUAAUCCCACCCCAUUUUUUGUCUUGCUCCUGGGGUCAACUUCAGCGAGGUGUUUUGUUGAAUUUCUUGGGAGGAAAAUGGGAAACCCAUGGCAUGAUUGGAAGAUGACCAAACACACCAAAACCAAAAGCUCCCAAAAAAUAAUUGAAAAAAUGGCAACCAAA